UAUGCAUAAGGCACCAGAAAAUAUUUAGCAAAUCUCUGUCGUAGCGUGCAUCAGUUUUGAGCAAAAUGACCUUCAACGAUGAUGAGCAGAUUGUUAUCCCUGAAGUCUCAGGGUCAAAACCAGUAGCAAUCAUACCAGGAAGAGUUCAGGUGGUAAGCAUAAACAACAACAUGGUACCAUUCGAAGAAACCAAACUCAGGGUGAUGUUGGAGAUCACAGGCGGAGAUUCCAGCAACGAUAGACCUGGAUUGGACCUCGUAGCCAUAUUAGAUGUCAGCGGAAGUAUGGCCGGAGAAAAGCUAGCAAAAGCCAAAACUGCCAUGCUCUUUGUAAUCAAGAAACUUAGCUUUAUUGAUCGUUUGUCUAUUGUCACUUUCUCUGGAGAUGCCAAAAGGUUGUCCCCGUUGAGCCAGUUAACUGAAAAUUCUCAAAAGGAUUUUGAAAAUCUGAUCAAUGGUUUAAAAGCUGACGGUAAUACCAACAUCACUGCUGGACUUUAAACUGGGAGCAUUUUUUCAAAUCGUAGACUCAGCGGCGGGCGUUCGGUUGGCAUCAUGCUUAUGUCUGACGGUGAGCAAAACGCCGGUGGUGAUGCUGCCCAGGUUCCGGUCGGCAAUGUGCCUGUACACACAUUUGGUUUUGGCAUAAAUCACGAACCGAGGGUACUCAAAGCUAUUGCAGAUAAUAGCAUUGAAGGAACGUUCUCAGAAGUUCAAAACGUCGACCAACUGAGCGUAUCUUUCUCACAGUGCUUGGCCGGACUUCUCACUCGAGUUGUUGAGGAUCUAAAGCUGACAGUCAAGCCAUUUAAAGGCGAAUCAACCAUAGAGCAAGUAAUCGCCGGAACCUAUCCAAAAUCCAAGAACGAUGCCACUGGCUCUGUAACUGUUAUGUUUGGUGGUCUUUAUGCAAUAGAGGUGCGCAAGGUCUUGGUGGACCUUCUUCUUCCAUCUGUUACUCAAGAGCGAGGUGUUGAUGUUCUUGAAAUUACUUACUCAUAUAGCUUUCAAGGAACACCGUUUGGGUCCAUUCCUGGGAUUCUUACUGUACGCCGCACCGGGAAAUUCACAGAUCAGCAAGAGAGACCAGAGGUGAUAGCUGAGGAGACUCGUCUCCGAAUUGCAAGUAUGAUAAGAGAAGCAAGAGUCUUGGCUGACAGCAAAAAUCUUGAUAAAGCUCGAGACAAGCUCAUUGAAGCUCAGAACUUGUUGGAGGAUGUGGAUGAUGAAUCUAACCCGUUUGUUGAGAUGUUGAGGUCUGAGAUACAACAGCUUUUGAAAUUGAUGAAAUCGCAAGAAAUAUAUGAAAAGAAAGGGCGUCCUUUUGCACUCUCCUCUGAAACUUCCCAUGAACGCCAACGUUUUGCUGCAAGAGGUGAUGUUGAAAGUCUAAGGCUGUUUGCGACUCCUCGGAUGGACAAAUAUCUUCAGCAAGCUCAGUCUUUUGAUGAGGAUCCCAGCAAGCCAUUGCCCUCGGUGGAUGAGGAUGUGAAGGAAGAAAUCGCCGCCAAUCCUCUUGCUCCUAUUGCCGGUGCUCUUAGCUUCUACAUUAAGACGGCAAUUCAGGCUCUCCAGGCCAUUGAAAAAAUACUCAACAGAGGCCUUUGAUUACUUAAUUAAUUAUGAACUCUCCCUGGGUUUCAGUUUGUGUAAACUCGUCAGCUUUCAAAUAAUUAAUCUUCGAGUGCCAAUAAAAAGAUGAAAAAUGAUUAGUUUCA